GAUCGCGAGGUCCCGAUGUCGGACGUCACCGCCGAGUCCACGCCGCGGCAGCGCCCGCCCCCGCCCUCGCCGUCGCUGUCCCAGCAGCAGUCGCGCGUCCGUCAGCAGCCCCCGCCCGGCUCCGACCCCCUCGCUCUCGGCGUCAUCAUCUUCCUCGGCCUCUGCUUCCUCCUGGUUUCAUUCUCAGCUCCAUCCAGCAUUGUACAUCAAGUUCCUGAAGGACAUGUUGGUGUAUACUGGAGAGGAGGUGCUCUUUUGAAAACAAUCACUCCUCCAGGUUAUCAUCUGAAGCUGCCUUUGAUCACCCAGUUUGAGCCAAUACAGGUUACACUCCAAACAGACCAGGUCAAAGGUAUUCCUUGUGGAACAAAAGGUGGUGUCAUGAUCAGCUUUGACAAGAUAGAGGUUGUCAAUCGUCUAAAUAAAGACUUUGUUUAUGACACCCUACUCAAUUAUGGUGUGCAUUAUGACAAGACAUGGAUUUAUGACAAAAUUCAUCAUGAGAUAAACCAGUUCUGCAGUGCCCACAGUUUGCAGCAAGUUUACAUUGACAUGUUUGAUCAGAUUGAUGAGACAAUGAAAGAUGCUAUCCAAAGGGACUGCACACGCUAUGCUCCUGGAAUUGAAAUCAUCAGUGUUCGUGUUACAAAGCCGAACAUACCUGUUAAUAUAAGGAGAAAUUUUGAACUUAUGGAGGAGGAACGUACAAAGGCUCUGAUCGCCAUUGAAAGGCAAAAGGUUGCAGAGAAGGAGGCAGAAACUCAGAAGAAGAUUGCACUAUCUGAAGCAGAAAAGAAUGCACUAGUGAGCAAGAUCCUUAUGCAACAGAUGCUGACGGAGAAAGACAGCUCCAAAAGGCAGCAGCAGAUUGAUAAUGAAAUGUAUCUUGCCCAGCAGAGAGCCCUGGCAGAUGCAAACUAUUACAGGAUUACGAAGGAAGCGGAGGCUAACAAACUGAAACUUACUCCUGAAUAUCUUGAGAUGAGGUUCAUUGAAUCAAUUGCCAAUAACACAAAGAUUUUCUUCGGUGAAAAGAUUCCAAACAUGAUCAUGGAUCAAAGGUUGAUUCGGAGCCACCCUGAUUCUACUCCAAGCAAGGACCGCUUAGAAGUAGAGUAGUGCCUUAUGUGGAUUUGAAGUUGGUUGGUUGGUUUUGUAAUCCCGUAUGGAGGUUUGGCUUCAUUUGAAACCCUUUGAUCCAUGGGAAUCCAAAAGGAUGGGAUACUAGGACCUCUUUAAGAUGGUAGUUAGCCUUCAGAUUAAGCAAGGAUUUAGAAGGUUGGAUGUUGCCUCUUCAUGUGCCUUGCCUGGCACAUCUAUCUAACUUUGCUGAAAUAUUUGGCCUACAUUAGUAGUUAGCGUAUCUGGAGUUGGAACAAUAUGCGCGCCCUUUUGAUCUGUAAGGAAGAAAUGCAGAUCCCUUAACUGAAAUAUUUCGCAUUCUUCAGUGACUGGUUCACUCUGUAUAUGAGCUUGCCCCAUCAAUGUAAUUUGUUCUCUAAAUGGUACUACAAUUACUGAAAGCUCACACUGUUCUCCGGAUAGAAAUGUAUGUCUAUUUUUGA